UCAAUUCUUUUGAAUUGCAUACCAAAGGGCUGAAAGCUUUCCUCAUACACAGAAACGCCGAGAGCAAAAGCAGGGUUGCCGCGAGCAACAAUGGAGAGAGAGCGGUUGAGCAAAGCUGCAGAGGCGGUGAUGGAAACCCUCCGAACCAGAGGUUGGAGUAUUGGGGACAUCAAUCAAAUAGAAGCCAUAAUCACGAUACAGUCAGCUCUUUCAGAUGAUCAUGAAACAUCUGCAGUGACGAAUUCCGUUGAAUCAGAGUUGCUUAACAUGGACCUUAAGUCCUUAGGAGCCAAGUCCCUACCCGACCCCAAUAUCUUUCGUAAAACCUCUCAUCUUCAAGGCCCGAAAGUCCUUCAGGUAUCUUCUGUGAGAGAUAUAUCUGUAAGUAGCAUAGGGGGAGUUUCGGAUUCAGGUCACCGGCGCCUUUUAAAAUUGAGUCUCACUGAUGGGCACAGUGAGAUAACUGCAAUAGAGUACUCUCAUAUACCGUCUAUUCCUAAUGACCUUGUGCCUGGUACCAAGGUUCGGCUGGAAAAUAAAAUUCCUAUACAUAGUGGUAUAUUAUGCUUGAACCCGAAAGUUAUUACCCUAAUGGGAGGUGUUGUUCCAUCACUUUAUGAAGAAUGGCAAAUGAACCAAAAAUAUUCUGGUUUUUCCCGUUCAUUGAUGAGAUUAUCACAGGAAACUGAUAGUGGUGGUCCUCCUCAAUUUGAGAAGUUGCAAAUUGGGGCACCAUUUCGUCCAUCUUCUCAGCAAAGCAUACCUGCUGUGGUUCAAUCAAGAUAUGUGCAGGGUCAAGCUACUGCUCAAAACCAUCUCCAUAGUAUGAGUCACCCAAAUCGCUAUUCUGGAGGACCAAAAUAUAGGGGGAAGGAUAAAGUACUAGAGCCACAGGUUGUCACUCUUGACAAAAGAAUUGAUUAUUCUGAGUCUACCUCCAAGAGCAGUGAGCCUACCACUGUGGAAACUGCUUUAAAUACUGAAAUUAGGCUGAUAGAUUCUCAGCAGAAUGCAGAUAACCUUGAUGAUAAGGUGACAGAUGCCUCCCUUGCACAAAGUAUUGAACAGAAGCCACUUAAAUCUGAAGAGAGAAUAAAGGAAGUAGCUGAAUCUGCACCUGUCCAAAAUCAAGCUGCAGCCCAUAAACUCCUCCAGAAAAUGAAUAGCUCAAAUCAAGGUGAUAGGCGUCCUAGAGGUUGGAAACAUAAAGGGAAGGGCAAACAAGAAGAGCUUCAGUUUUUCACUUUAGAUGAAUGGGAAAAUCGGAAAAUUGGGGCUAAUCAUACAAUGAAAAAUGACAUUCCAGAUACGAGUGCUGAUGAGGAAAUUGCAUGGCAGCUUCAAAACCAACUUGAUGUGGAAGAUUCUCAUGUACAAAUGGGAAUGCAUCGUGUGGAGACUGACAUUAGGAUGAGCAUGUUUAAUUAUGGAGGAGAUGCUGAUAGAGUUCGUGGAAUGGAACAUGGAGGUGGAGGGCGGGGAAAGGGAAGGGGAAAGGGAGAGGGAGAGGGAGAGGGAGAGGGAGAGGAAGAUCUCAUUAAAUCUAGUAUACUCUUGUUUGUUAUCUGUAUUCCCCAUUUGGGUCCUUCAAAUUUUUCUGGCUGAAGAAUCUUUCUCUUUGGCGUAGUUGCAUUUGCCUCUUGGGGGAUUCAAUGAAAAAUAGAAUACAUGAGUUGGUUUC